AAUAACAGUGGAGAAAAACAAAGUGGAGGGAGUAAGAUGUAGAAGAAGACGAUGGGGAGAUGGGAGUCCAAACGGGUUGCUCCUUUCUUCUUCUUCUUCUUUCUCUGCUCCCUGCUUUUUCUGCAAUACCCUUUUCUCGUUACUUCGAUUCAGGGUGAUGAGGGAUCUGCUACUUCAAGAACUUUAGUGGAAGAGAAUGAAGAUGUUGUAGAGGUACAUUGUUCGAGAGAAAGGAGUAGGGCAGCAUGGAAAAUAAUUGAGGAGUAUUUGAUUCCAUUUGUCGAGAAACAUCAGUAUCAGAUUCCAAAAAGUUGUAAGCUGCACCCAGACAAUGAUCUGUUCAGAGAUCAUGAGCAGCACAAGAUCCGUAUUGAUGUAGAUGAAUGGAAAUGUGGAUACUGCAGAAAGAGUUUUUAUGAGGAAAAAUAUAUUGAUAAGCAUUUUGAACACAGGCAUAACAAUUUGCUGAAUGUGACUCAUGGCAAGUGCUUGGCAGACGUAUGUGGAGCCUUGCAUUGUGACCUCCAUAUUGGCAUGCCACAGAAGACCAAGUGCAAUCCUGCUGCUUCUGCAAGGAAUAAACAUUUGUGUGAGAGCCUUGCUGAUAGUUGUUUUCCAGUCAGCAAAGGCCCUACAGCAAGUCGGGUUCAUGAAUUCUUCUUACGCCAAUUCUGUGACGCCCACACUUGCACUGGAACAUCGAAACCUUUCUCUCGUGGUCGCAAGAAAAGAAUGAACAUACUUUAUGUCGUCAUCUCCGUUUUGACGAUGCUGCUCCUUCUGUUUUUCUAUACCUUCAUUUACUUGUACCAGAGAGGGAUGAAAACCGGAACACAAAAUCUGAGACGUGUUUCGCAAAGUGGAAGGAAGAAGAAACCCUCAUAGUUGGUACUCUACUGCAUUGCGGCAAGGAUAGAAGGAUUAUUUGUAUUCUUGCUUCAGUUCUAUAGUAGUUCUACACUAUAGAACUGAGACAAGAGAGAGGAUUGUUUCGUACCAAUAAAAGAUCGAAUUGGUACUAUUCUUCUUCUUCCAUUUUCAUUGUAACAUUAACCUUUGAAAUGAAUUGAAUAGUAGUGAACAAAGAGAGAGAAUCAUAGCAUAGUUUUGUUUACAGCACAAUCCUCUUAGAUUGAUUGAACAUUUUGAUGGAAAUUCUUUAAAACCAACUUUAUAUUCACGUUGUUACGUUUACUUGCA